AUGAAUGCUGGAAGACAGUUUUAUAUACCUGUUCAACGACGGUUGGCAUGCGAUCAAGAGGACAGGGAAGUCUGUUGAGAAUUUCUUGUUUUAAACAAAGGGCAGUCCAUCCUUCCAGCUUAAUUUUCUUUUGUUGUCAGUGAAGUGCACGUGGCAACAGGUGAGCUUUGGAAUGCUGGAACAGUAGCAAAUGGCUACAUUUGUAUCUGUGGGGAAAAAGGAGAUACAGGAUCCAGACAACUAUUUCGAUUGAAGAGCUUCUUCAGUUUUUUAAGAGGACAAAUUGACACCUUCUCCCUAGAAGCCAUGAACCUUGAGAAUUUGUACAAGAUUGUCAUAGGCCAUGAUGGGCUUGGACCAGGAAACGGCUGGUUUCUUGAUGAUGUUGUAAUCAAGGAUCCCACAAUGAACCACGAAUAUGCCUUUUUCUGCCACAGAUGGCUGGAUCAAGGGGAAAAUAAUGGUAAAAUUGUCAGAGAACUGUAUGCCAGGGAUAACAGUAUCAUCUCUGCAAGUGAGUGUCAGACAUUUGCAGGAAAACUGUUUCAUGAUAAUUGAGGAAAGCAUGACUCUGCUGAAAUUAAUGCUCCUCUCUCUUUUAUAUCCUCAGGGCAGAAGCUGGAAGUUAAGAGAAAAGAAACAUGGGCUGUGGAAAGCUGGAAGUUUAUGAAAGGAAAUACUCUUCAGUUCUGUCUGCAUCCAGAUGGCACAGCUGAUGCAGUUGGAGAGAAGACAGGCAAAUAUGGAGCUGAACGGAGAACACCCUUGUCUCAAAGGGCAGACCGGAAAGGACAGGUCUGCGUGAGUCACAGCCCUGCGUUUAACAGCGAGCUCAGUCCGCUGCCGUUCCUGCGAGAAAAUGGUAUAUUGGCAUUUUACAUAAAGUUCAUCAAAGAUGUCUGCACGUACAAGGGUACAGGAGACACUGACUGUCAUUUGAAAAUUAAGACGAACUUGGAAAAUGCAUGUAUAAGCCUGGAAUCUGCGAAGAGCCCAGGGUUGUUUGUUGGACUUCAGGCAGAUAGACAGGCAAAACCAGUUGCGUAUACCGAGAAUGGGAAUGUUUUCUUCUAUCCACAAGUCAUCAAAUUUGGCAGAGAAUACCCAGCGGGUAUGUCUGCAACACCCAGCCAAGAGGAGGAAAAGAUCCUUGAGUUGAUAAACCAGCAAGAAAUGCCACCAGAACCUGAGGCCAGAGGAGCUUUUCUUUCUUCAACUGCAACAGCAAUCAGACCUUCCCAAAGCCGUGAGACUCCCCUGUCGGAAGAUGAAUGGAGGGUGUGCGUGACGGAAAUCACAGGGACUCGAGCCAGCGUCCCACUGUGGGUGUACGGAGACCGGGGAGUCGCUGGACCAACCCCUCGCAGCAAGGACGGCCCAGAGCAGCUGUUCCUUCCCAGACAGGAAGGUACGUUUCAGAUGAGCAUCCGCAGGAAAGGGUUGGUAAGAUAUAUAAGGAUAGGACAUGAUGGAACCGAGUGGAGCUUACAGAGGGUGACCAUGCAGCAUAUGAAGAGCAAAAAGACCCUAGAUUUUGCAGCAAAUGCGUGGUUAUCUCGAAGCCAAGCAGAUGGGGACACGGUCUGUGAGCUCCCUGUGGUACAAGGAGGACAAGCUAUUUUUCCAUUAGUGAGAUACCUUGCUGACGUCCAUACUGGGCAACUGAAGCAAGCAGAAACGGAGGCCGAAGUGUCCCUGUGUCUCUGUGGGACACUGUGUCAGAGGUGAGACUCUGGUCUAAGACUGCUGUACAAAUCCAACAUGCCAGUAAAAUUUCAAAGAGGACAGGUCGAUACAUUUCAAGUGGAAGCAGUGUCGCCUGGAAAACUGCAGAAGGCGCUGUGGCACUGUGAGGCCGGUGACAAGUCUCAGGGCCGGUGCUGCAAGUUGGUGGCGGCCAGGGAGCGAGGGCUGCGUCCACGUCCACCUUCUCCUGAUCUCAGUGAAGUUAGACCCCCUAACUCCACCUCUCGGAGGGCGCUGUUCUUCGUUCGGGGUCGCCCUUCCGUGCUCUGCUCUGAGUGUCCUGAUCCUGCACGUCCUUUAGUUCCCACUAAGAGUCCGCGCGCUCGCAUGAGCGAACUGGCCCGAUUAGCAACAGUGUCUCUGUCCUGCCGGGUUACUCAGAGCUCAGCGCAGACGCCCCGGCUGCUGCGUGGCAAGUGCGCUGAAGAGGCUCCCGCGUCCCGGCCUGGCCCGGCCCACGCCCAGCCCAGCCCAGCGCGCGGCCGCCUGGGGGCAGCUGCGUUCAUUCCCCACGGCCGAGGGGCUAGGGAGUGA